UGCAUUUGGCCUCUGGUAGCAGAGCACGGCUGCAGCCAACUUCACGCGAGACGCACUUGGAGCAAAACAGCAAAGUAUCAAAGCAUAAAAAUAUAUAAAAACAAUGAAUGUAUCGAAUUUAAAUGACUUGCGAUCCUAUUCUCGACACUGGCUUACCGAAUUCAUCGAACAGUACCAGGAGGAGGAGUGCUUGUGGCAGCCAAAGCAUCAUGACUACAGCAAUCACGCCGCCAGAAAUAAAGCGUACGACAAACUGGUCGAAAAACUAAAAGAAGUUGAGCCAAAUCCAGAUCGCGCCAUGGUCGUUAGGAAAAUCAACUCACUGCGCUCGGCAUUUCGACGCGAGUUUCGCAAAUCCAGCAGCAAAAGCGACUACGAGACGCGUCUCUGGUACUACGACAAACUGCUCUUUAUAGCCGAUCACAAGCCCAAACGGCACUCGAACGAAUUGGCUGGCAAGCCCAAGCGCGAGCUGCACAUCAAUUUCGAUGACGAGGACUCCAUGGAUUUCGAGGAGGAAUCGCAUCAUACACCACAGUCACAGCACAUUGAGACAAUUGUGCCCAACCCAAACGACGAAGUCGAGGAGGUGACCGCCACCAACAAUGUGGUGGUCAGUAGUCAGGGCGCCACGCUAAGCACCAUAUCAGUAACGCCGGCAGAUUGUGUGACCUUGGUGAAGGAUGAGACCCAUCAGGCACACAAUGAAGUAGCCGAGGCGCAUCAGCGUCUAGUCGCACAAGCCACAGCCGCACAGAGCUCCCUGGCCGCAGCUGCGGCUGGCGGGCAUGCGGUCAAAGUGCUUGAGAUUACAUCGCUGGACUCGAAUUCGCAGCGUGAGAUACAACAGGCUGUCAACUCGCUCGAGCACCACCAGCAGCAACUGCAGCAUCUGCACCAUCAGGCUAACGGGCAUGGACAGCCCGUGCCGACCAUUCAGAUUGGACGCGACCAUUACCAGCCGCUGUUUGGCAAUGCAGCGACCACCGCGUAUACCACCGCCGCGCCCGCCACGUCGCAUCGUCACGAGGAUGAGUACGAUGCGAUUGGCGUGAAUGUGGCCAGUAAAUUGCGUUCUAUUAAUCACACGCAGCGCAUAAUUGCCGAGAAGCUCAUCAGCGAUGUCCUCUUCAAUGCGCAGCUCGACAAUCUCACCGUCAAUUCCUCGUUGACGCAAUAAUUUAUAAUUUAAAUUAGGU